CUUUUGGCUAAGAUCAAGUGUAGUAUCUGUUCUUAUCAGUUUAAUAUCUGAUACGUCCUCUAUCCGAGGACAAUAUAUUAAAUGGAUUUUUGGAGCUAGGAGUUGGAAUAGGAGCUUGCUCCGUCCACUCCACGCAUCGACCUGGUAUUGCAGUACCUCCAGGAACGGUGCACCCCCUUUGGGGAAUAAAGAUGGUCUAAAAAUAUGUUCUCCCAGUUUGGCCUUCUGUAUUCAGUCCGGGUCUUCCCGAACGCUGCUGUGGCCCGUCCUGGUUUCUACGCCAUCAUCAAGUUUUACUCCUCGAGGGACGCACAGAGAGCCCAAAAGGCAUGCGACGGAGAGCCUCUUUUUCAGACAUCACCGGUGAAGGUUCGUCUUGGCACCAGACAUAAGGCACUGCAGCAUCAGACCUUUGCCCUAAACAGCUCACGAUGCCAGGAACUGGCAAAUUACUAUUUCGGCUUCAAUGGAUGGUCAAAAAGGAUUGUCAAGCUGCAGGAGCUCUCUGGACUGGAGGAUGCAACUCUCGCCAUGCCCAUGCAGAAGCAGAACCCCCAGUUCUUCUGCGCUGUAGAGGUGGUGUUGCCGUCCUAUGGGUGCAGGAGCCCUGGAGUUGGCAUCUCUGAGGAGCCUCUUCACCAGCUGGAGGAAGGACAGUCAUCGCUUCUUACAAAGAGGAAGACAGCUCAGAAACUUGCCUUCCAGGCGGCCUUGUCAGAUGCCUUCCAGAGGCUGACUAUCGUGGUCCUAGAAAGUGGCAGGAUCGCAGUGGAGUACAGAGCCAUGGAAGAGGAUCUAGAUGCCAGAAUUGAAGAAGAACUGCAGAAUUUAAUCCAGGUCCGCUGCUUUCCUGGCAGUCAGCCCAGCCAAAGGGAGGAAGAAUGUCUCUCAGAUUUCAGCCUGGAGGAGGAAGACCUGAAGCUCUGCGAACUGCACUAGCAGCUCCGACCAUGUCGGAGGACCUGGCGUCUGACUUUGACAGGAAGCUCUGGUUUGCAGUCAUUGGGUUGCUGGCAUCCCUAAGCACACACUACGAAGCCUAGAUCCUGCUGCACUGUGUAGGAGGGUGCCUUGGGAGAGGUCUAGAGGGGCUUGAGCCCUGUCAGUGCGGUGGGAAAAGGCUCCCCAUACAGAAUCCUAAUAAAGGCUGCCUAACAAA